AUGUUAGACGAGGAAGAGUGCAUCUACAACUUAAUUCCAAAGCCUCCACCAGUAAUUGUUAAGGAGCCACUUCAUAAGAGCAAAUUCCAAGAUCAGACACAAUUUAUUACUGCAAAGAAGAGAGGUCAUGCAACAAUGGGUCUUCCACCAGAGAAAUUACGUCAGCCACCAAGCCAAUAUCUUAAGAAAGGCGAGAGAACAAAGAAAUUACCACCAAGAGAGCGCGUUGUUCCAAAAGGUAAUGACGGAUUAAAUAAACCUCCAGUUCCAAAGGCUACAGAGACAAUUAAGAUGAAGUCACCAACAAAGCGUAACUACAUCCUCGAAAAUUGGAAGCAAGCUCCAAAGACUAAGAAACUUCAUCCAGAAAAACCACAAACAUGGUACACAGACAAGCUAGAAUAUGGUCAGAUGCCAUCAUACAUGGAUCGUGUUAAGCAAGAAGCAGCUGAUGAAGCUGAAUAUUGGGAUAACGUUCGUGAAAAUAUGAUGCCAGAAGAUACAGAAACACGCUGCCGCCUUCUUUCUGAAGAGGAGCGUAUUGAGAUUCUUAAUGGAUUAUAUGCUAACCUCGCAGAGAAUAAGAAACGUUAUGCAUCUCUCAGCUUCGGCCAAGACAACCUUUCUUUCCGUCGCAAGAAGGAAGAAAUGGAACGCGAUGCAGCCCAACUUGAAGCUGAUAUUAAGACUUUCGAGCGCCCGAAUGUUUACAUCACCGAAACAUAA